AUGACACUGCUCUUGUCCACCCGCUACCCCUCCAGGAGGUCGACCAGAAAAGGGAAGAAGAACGCAAAGUCUGAGCAGAAGACUGGGACGGUGGGAAAGGGAGCAGGGAAGAAGAUCACCAAAAUUAUCGGCCUGGGAAAGAAGAAGCCGUCCACAGACGAGCAGACAUCUUCAGCAGAAGAAGACGUACCCGCAUGCGGCUACCUAAAUGUGUUGUCCAAUAACCGUUGGAGAGAGCGUUGGUGCCGUCUGAAAGAAAACCAGCUGCUUCUCCAUAAGGACCGUGACGACCUGAAGAGCCACAUCGCCUCGCUGCCCCUCAGAGGCUGCGAGGUCAUUCCUGGCCUGGAUCACAAGCACCCGUUUGCCUUCCGCCUGCUUCGUAAUGGCCAGGAGGUGGCAGUACUGGAGGCCACUUCCUCUGAGGAGAUGGGUCGAUGGUUGGGGGUCUUAUUGGCUGAGACUGGCUCCACCACAGACCCAGCUACCCUGCACUACGACUACAUCGACGUUGAGACCACCGCCAAUGUCAUCCAGCUGGCCAAGCAGUCCUUCUGUUUUACAAGUAAGCGUGCUGUCUCUCCGAACCCGUACCUGGACAGCCCAGUCAACGGCUACGCCUGCCCCAGUGGCAUGGCUCUGCACUAUGAUGACGUGCCCAUCAACGGAAUGGACCCGGAGUCGCAGUACUCCAGUCCCAAAACAGGGGGGCGCCAGCUGAAAGAGGAGGUGCACUAUGAAAACUCUGACCUAUAUGAGAACAUGCCUUCUCCCAAGCUGACCUCUCGCUGUCUUCCCAAGCUGAACUCUGCUUCCACUUCUGCCAGUCCCUACAAAGCUCCUGUUUCUAAAGUUUCCUCUAAGUUCCUCACUGCUGAUACUAAAACUAAAGCCACUACUCAG